CUCCCAAAUAACCCAAAAGAAACACAACAGCUUUAGGGGAAGAGGAGAAGACUCUCUUCACUGACCACUAACUGAGGUUAGUCAUGUUCUGUUUCAUCUGGUAAGAUUAACCCCAUUUUAAGGUUCUUGUCUGAUUUUGAUCAAGAUUAUGUUUUUAUAGCAUGCCCAGAUGGUGAUCUGUGUUUUGAUUUAGUCAACUUUGUGAUGAUUGUUGGUGAUUUGGGGUUGACAACUGUGUUUCUUGGGAGGAGGAGGAGAAGGAGAAGAAGAAGAAAUGUAAAAGAGUGAUCCUUUUAAGAUUAGAUUGAGAUGGAUUGCCUUUAGAUCCAGGAAAACCCAAGUUUUGUGUGAGAGAAAGCUUCCACCUUUUCUGGGGUUUUCUUGUGAUUUGAUUAGUGUUGCUUUCCUAGGUUCUUUCUCAUGAACCCUUUGCUUUCUCAUCUUGGAUGUAUAGAUAGGGUUUGGAUUGGAGUCAUUUUCAGAAGCUUAUGUGUAUAUUUGAGGGUUGGUGGUGAGGAUAGGAUUUUAAUCCAUGUGGCUGAGUCUUUGCCAGAGGGAAAAGUGUUUGCUAAGCUUUAUAAGGAACUUGAUUCACCUGUGAAGUCUUCAAAUUCGGGUCAUUCGGAGGUUAGAAUCGUUGUUGUUUGUCAGAUCUGAUAACCCUUUUCGUUCUACUCGUGAUAAGCGAAAAGUCCAUCAUUUGUUUGGUCAAAGUGGUGUAGAACUGUAUUUAUAUCACUAUAAUUGUGAGAGAAUCAGGGAAUCCUGCAAAGAGAGGGUUUGUUUUCUAAACUUAAUAAGAAUUGUUAAUUCACCGAGGGGGGUUCAGAGUGACCGUCAGAAAUUGUAUGAAGACUAGGAAAUUAAUGGAGGACAUGUCUCCAGCAGUUGCGGUGACAGUUAGUUUAGGUAAUACUGUGUGUGACAAUUCUGCAAUUGCAACCAAUGUGGAGUUUGCAUGGCUAAAGCUAGUAACAGACCCGGGAAAUCUUUCAUCAGAUACCACUAAGGUGGUGCCUUUAGAAUUGAUUUCAAAUGGACGUGGCAAUGAUACUAGGAAUGAAAUUAGUGUGGUAACCAUCCCAUCACAAGAAGAUAACACUGGAGGAGCUGAUUUGUUGAAGUUGCUGCCAAAGAACGGAAACAGUUUGGUUAUUAAGGAUUCCGUGGUUAAAGAAAGUGAGGAAGAAAUCUUAUCCUUUCAAUAUGAUACUAAUGGAAUCAUUAGUGAGCAGUUGCUAACGUUAGAGGUGGGGUCUGGGAUAAGCUUGACAGAUGUUGUGGAGAUAGGAAAUUCUGGCGAGGGUCAGAUUGUUGCAAAAGCUAUUGUCUUGGUAGAAUCUACUAUAGGGCAAGUGCCUUCUGGUGAAGUUAUUGUGGCAGCAGUAACUCCAGUUUCUGAGUUGCCUGGUGAUACUGACUUAGCAGAAUCUACAGCAGUGGUUUUGCAGCCGAAAGGGGAGAAGAAUGUUAGUAAAGCAGCCAUCCGAAGUGUUUUUGAGCUGGACUGUAUUCCUCUUUGGGGUUCCAUUUCAAUCUGUGGAAGAAGACCAGAAAUGGAAGAUGCAAGUGCUGCUGUACCUAGGUUCAUUAAUAUUCCAAUUAAAAUGCUUAUUGGCAAUCAUGUGUACAAUGGAAUGAGCCAGAGUUUGACCCACCUAACUAGUCAUUUUUUUGGUAUUUAUGAUGGGCAUGGAGGACAUCAGGUUGCUAACUAUUGUUGUGAGCGCCUUCAUUCAGCUUUGGCUGAAGAGCUUCAAACAAUUGAGGAUGACUUGACUGAUGGAAUAAUGGGAGAGACUCAGCAGGUAAAGUGGGAGAAAGCAUUCACUAGUUGCUUCCAGACUGUAGAUGAUGAGAUAGGAGGAAAAGUCAGCAGAGGCAUCAGCGGAAGUAACGAGGAUGCUUCCGUGCCCAGCUUUGAGCCUAUUGCCCCAGAAACUGUGGGGUCUACAGCUGUGGUUGCAUUAGUCUGCUCUUCCCAUAUUAUAGUUGCGAACUGCGGUGAUUCAAGAGCCAUUCUUUGUCGUGGCAAACAACCGGUACCAUUAUCAGUAGAUCAUAAACCAAACAGAGAAGAUGAAUAUGCAAGAAUUGAGGCAUCUGGAGGGAAGGUCAUACAGUGGAAUGGACAUCGUGUAUUUGGAGUUCUUGCAAUGUCAAGGUCCAUUGGGGAUAGAUAUUUGAAACCCUGGAUUAUUCCAGAUCCAGAAGUCAUGAUUGUCCCUAGAGCCAGAGACGAUGAGUUCCUCAUUUUGGCUAGUGAUGGAUUAUGGGAUGUCAUGACGAACGAGGAAGCUUGUGAAGUAGCUCGAAGGCGCAUAUUGCUGUGGCACAAAAAGAACGGGGUUACUCCUCUGGCAGAAAGAGGCACAGGAGUUGAUCCAGCAGCUCAGGAAGCAGCUUCUUAUCUUUCAACUCUUGCCCUCCAAAAAGGAAGCAGAGACAAUAUCUCUGUGGUUCUGGUCGACUUGAAAGCUCAAAGAAAGUUCAAGAGCAAAUCUUGAAUGAGGAAAGGUUUAGCUACAGCUAAUGGCCUCAGCUAUUUUCUUAUAUCUUAAGAUAUAUAAUUAUAUAGAUCAAUGGUAGUCUCGUUUUCCCCAUGGGCUGCGUGUGUGUACAAUUAUAGAAAUCUGUAUGUACCAUGUAAUACUGUAGCAACUGUUAUGCGAUGGCAUAUAUGCUUUCUGUGUACUUUGCAACAUUCUAGAUAUACAGUAAUGUGCAUCUUCGGUCAGUAAUGUACAUUCUAUGCAUUUUGCAUCUUUGUUUU